AUGAACAACACUCUAACGUCCAUCACCUCUGCCCUCACAGGUCUUCUGACUACUCCCUGCGUGACCGCCGUGUCCAAGACCCUUAUGCAAUUUGAGACCCUCGUGAAACCUAUACUGCUUGAGUUCAACCCUGCCGCUAUCAACAGC